AAGGCCCAGGUACCCAUGACCUCCUCCGACCGGGCGUCCAUCCUGAGCAUCCUCCAGGUCCUCGGGGACCUGCUCUCCGUGGGCACGGACAGGCGGAUCCGCUACAUGAUCAGCAAGGGCGGCAGCGAAGCCCUCCUGCAGACCCUGGUGGACACGGCCAGGACCGCGUCUCCGGACUACGGCAUCCUCCUGCCCCUCUUCCGACUGCUGGCCAAGGUUGGCCUGCGAGAUAAGAAGUUCGGACAGAAGGCCCUGGAAUUGGGAGCGCUCGACGUGACCUUGAUCCUCGCCAGGAAAAACCUGUCCCACAGCCCGAACCUCCUCCACUGUCUCUGGGCGCUGGGCGUGUUUGCCUCGAGCGUCACCACGGGAGCCAUGCUGGGCAUCAAUGGGGCCAUGGAGCUGCUCUUCACGAUCAUCCCCCCGUACACCAGGAGGCGUCCCCGGAUCGUCAGGGCGGCGGCGGAGGUGCUGGCGGCGUUGCUGAGAUCCAAGUCUAACAGCCGCAGGGCGGUGAACAGGGGCUACGUCGCCGGCUUGCUCAGGCUGCAUCAGGACUGGCACAGCCAUGACACGGCCAACCGCUACCUGCCGAUCCGCCGGGCACUUCUGCUCUGCCUCAAGCACAUUGCCACCCUCCAGUCUGGCAGGGAGGCCUUCUUGGCAGCUCAGGGCAUGGAGAUCCUCUUCAGCAGCACCCAGAACUCCUUGGAGGACCGGAGCCUGGAACCCGUCACGUCCGUCGCCAUUCAGGUCCUGAGGCAGUGCUACCCCAAGGGUCCCCUUCCCUUGGUCACGGCCAGCAGUGCCUACGCCUUCCCCGCCCCCGGGAACCCCACCUCGGAACCCCCACGCGUUCUCGCGGAAGAGGACUUCGAAGAUGAUGGUGACGAGGAAGAGGACAGAGACUCCGAUUCUGAAGAUGCGAAAGAGGAGGACGAUGACUUGGAAACCGACGUGAACAAGCUGAGCUCCAAACCUGGCCUUGACCGCCCCGAGGAGGAGCUGAGCCAGUACGAGGCCAUGUGCCGUGAGCUCUCCUGCAGCUUUGAGGACCUGGAGGCCACCCCUGGAGAUGACUUCACCCCCGACGCCAACCACCUCCACAUUCCAACCGCUGCCUCCCCGGAGCAGCACCGUCUGGAUAAGGACCAAGGCUCCCGGGGCCCGGAAAGGGAGGAUGCCCCCGAGACGUCCCUCCUGAGCAUGGCCAAGAGGGGGAGGUCCCUUGUGCAUCCCGUUCCCCAAAAUGGACCUGGAACGAACCCGCACCCAGACGCCCAGCCCCACGGGCUUGGGAUGGGUCCUUCCGGAAAGGAAGUCCUUGACCUGGAGACUCUCCUCCAAGAGGAUGCUUGGGACAUCGCCGUGACCUCCUGCGCAAGGUCAAGUGCCUGCCUUCCCAGCGCCGCUCCACCCGGGGGCACGGCGGACGGGAUCCAUAAGCUUCUGCAGACACACCCCCAGCACGCUCCCUUCCACGACCCCUAUGUCUACAUGGCCAAGGCCAGAGGCACCAGGUCCGUGGCUGACUUCAAGACGCUGGCGUUCCCUGACCUCUGGGGCCACUGCCCAUCACCCGCCCCGGAGCCCCUGCUGGAACGCAAGCGCGGAAUCCAACGGGUCAAGAUAUUGGAGGAUAUCCGGAGGCUCCUUCAGCCCCGCGACGUGGUAGACAGAGUCGUCUUCAGUCUAGACGAGCCUCGGCAAGACUCGGCUGCCAACGGCUUGCGGUUCUCCUCCAAGUUCGAGUCGGGAAACCUGCGCAAAGCCAUCCAAGUGCGUGAGUUUGAGUACGACUUGCUGGUCAACACGGACGUCAACUGCACCCAGUAUCAGCAGUGGUUCAGCUUCAAGGUGCGCGGCAUGAGGGCCGCCACCCCGUACCGCUUCAACAUCAUCAACUACGAGAAGCCCAACAGCCAGUUCAACUACGGGAUGCAGCCCACCAUGUAUUCUGUGAAGGAGGCCCUUCUCGGGAGACCCACCUGGAAGCGGACGGGAUACGAAAUCUGCUAUUACAAAAACCACUAUCGCGAGAGCUUGGCUGUCACAGGCGGUGCCUCCAGGAAGUGCUAUUACACCCUCACCUUCUCCAUCACCUUCCCGCACCACGGCGACGUCUGCUACCUGGCUUACCAUUAUCCCUACACCUACACCGCGCUCAUGACUCAUCUGGACCUCCUGGAAAAGAGCGUCGACCCCCAGACGGUGUACUUCCGGCAGGAGGCCCUCUGUCAGACGCUGGGAGGCAACGCCUGCCCGCUGGUGACCAUCACGGCCAUGCCUGCGUCGGCCAGCCCGGCCCACCUGGAGCAGUUCCGGCAGCGUCCGUACCAGGUGAUCACGGCCCGCGUGCACCCAGGGGAAAGCAACGCCAGCUGGGUGAUGAAGGGGGCCCUGGAGUUCCUGGCCAGCAGUGACCCCGGGGCCAGGCUGCUGCGGGAGAACUUCAUCUUCAAGGUCAUCCCCAUGCUCAACCCCGACGGGGUCAUCAACGGCAAUCACAGAUGCUCCCUGCGGGGGGAGGACUUGAACCGACAGUGGCUGGCGCCCAGCGCCCAGCUCCAGCCAACCAUCUACCACGCCAAGGGCCUGCUCUCUUACCUGCACAGCACCGGCCACAGCCCUGUGGUCUUCUGUGAUUUUCAUGGCCAUUCCCAGAAGAAGAACGUGUUUGUCUACGGCUGCAGCAUCAAGGAGACCUUGUGGCAAGCCGAGUCGGCCCUGGGCGCGCCCGCUGUCUCGGAAGAUGUCAGCUACAGGACGCUCCCCAGGAUCCUGGAUCAGCUCGCGCCCGCCUUCACCAUGAGCAGCUGCAGCUUCCUGGUGGAGAAGUCUCGCGCGUCCACCGCCCGGGUCGUGGUGUGGAGAGAGAUGGGGGUGGUCAGGAGCUACACCAUGGAGAGUAGCUACUGCGGCUGCAACCAGGGCCCCUACCAGGGUCUGCAGUUGGGGACCCGGGAGCUGGAGGAGAUGGGCGCCAUGUUCUGCCUGGGCCUCCUCCUGUUGGAGCUCAAGUCCGCCAGCUGCAGCCGGCAGCUCCUGGCCCGCGCGGCGUCCCUGCUGAACGCCCAGGACGGGGCUCUGGACCAGCAGCUGCGCAGGUGCAGCGGUGGCGGCGGCGGCACCGCGGAACUGGAUGACGAGCCCCCGUGCCUGGAGGAGAUCGACUACGGUCCCGACAGCAGCUCCGACCGGGAGGGGAGCUGCUCAGAGCUGGACCGGCAGAUCCGGGAGUGGGCCUCCCUCCAGGACCAAGAUGAGGGGUGGAAGGAGGAGGAGGAGGAGGAGGAGGAGGAGGAAGGGACAGGACUGGGAAGAAGGGACACCCCAUAG